AUGAAUGCACUAUUAAAAGUGGUAAUGGUUUCGGUGGCCAUUCACUGCCUAUACGUGACGGCUGUGUCGGGCCAAACCACAACGGGUUGCCAGGGUCAAUUACAAGUAUGCGUCGACGCGUUGGGCCUUUUGAAUGUCAACUCUCUGUUGGGUUUACUCCGCAAUGUUCUCAACCCUACCACUGGAAUCAACUGUACGGCGGCUGUCGGCAGCUUACUAAGCACCCGGUGCGCGGGUCUGAGCGCCUCGUGUGGCACCGACUUUAUCUCCUGCAUAGCGCCCACACUGUGUCAGAGCAUUACACUGCCGAAUGUCGGCAGUAAUCCUCUGUCGUUGUUGACGAAUAUACUGACACUCAUCACCAGUUUGUUGAGUGGAGUGGUGGCCGCACUCACGCCUCUCAUCACAUCAGCCACUAUACCCUGUUUGGGAUCACUCCUUGGGUAG